AUGGCAUUCCACAUUGGUGUUUUUGUUGGAAGUCUUGUAUUACCUCAAAUUUGUAAGUGCCUCAAAAAAUCAAAAUAUGUUUUGUUGUUUUGUGGUAUUGUUGAAUCAGGAAUAUUGUAUGCUAUAUUUGGACUUGGUAACAGAUUAAGUUUUAUUGCAGUUCUUUCUCUCUUCGGUACAUUUGGUAUAUUUACAAGACCAAACAUUGCAAUUGCUUAUCCUCUUUUGCAUACUUAUUACGAACCAGAAUUAGCUGGUACGGCUACUGGAAUUGCCAACUUCUGUACAAGUUUCACAACUUCUAUUAGUAUUCAGAUUUCUUCAUCGAUCAUUGCACAUUACGGUCAUACUGAUAGCACCAGUGGUCAUGUUUAUACAUGGAAAGGAUAUCAAUAUGGACUUUGGCUGAUUCAUUCCAUUGAAGGAACUUUAGCUAUUCUUUUUGCAAUAUUCAUUAAAGAUGGAGACUCACAAUGCUGCAAGAAGAAGAGACAGAAACUCGAAUCCGCCAUGGAGUCUACAGAAGGAACUUUAACUGCACCUCUUAUAGUAUAA